CCGCGCUCCCCUCUCAGGCUCAGUGCGCUCCUAUCCUCUGUGCUGUGUGGUCGUGCGUCCACCGCGCCGGAUUGUGCUGCUCGUAGUUGCGACUCGAAUUGCAAAUUCUGUACCGUUCAAUUCUCUUCUGUUAAUUUGUGUCGUGUUCAGUUUUUGUUUCCUUUGGAUCAAAAAUAGUGUUUGGUUUUUUGUGUUUAAUUUGUGAUGUAGUGGAUUUAUUUCCGUUUCGCUUUACGCUCGCCACUUUUAUUGUAAUUAUUUCUAAUUGUGGUUACCGUGUUGGGUCGCGUGUUCCGACGAUGGCUCUGUUGCGUUUGACAUUGGUACUCGCGUUGUUGGCGGGUGCCUGUUGUUACGAGGCGACUCACCACAGGCACAGGCACUCUAGGAGUCACUCAUCGGAGUACAACCUGGACCGCCUCAUGAACCGCCUGGACAGCCACUCCGGGUCGAUGUCCACCAGACCGACGGAGAGCGCCAAGCUGAAGGACGUCUUCGACGACUUCGACGAGGAGCCGGUCACGGAGUCGCCGGCGGAGCCGGCGAACUCCCUCUGGGACGACGACUCCCUCGAAGGCACCAGCACCCUGUCGCCCCUGGACAGCGAGCGCUGGGCGAAGAUCCUCAGUGGGAAGUUGGAACGGGAUAAGCACAAGGAGGAGAUAGAGGAUGCCGAGGACGAGUUGGAGGAGAGGAGUGAGGAGGAGGAAGGCUUUGAGGAUGACCUGGACCACGAGCAAGAGCAGGCGGACUCUUACAGACCUUGGAAUCCCCGAGGAGGAGAUUCUUACACGAGUUGGAAAUGGGACAACAUGGGCAACAGGAAGUCUGUAGAUAACCUGUUUCAAGUGUACAGAUCCGGGCUACUCAGACCUGAUUCCCCCAACAAGGAGACACAAGCUCAGUACGAAGUGUACAGACACAACAAGCAGAUGUCUCGCGAGACGCUGUGCCGGGUACCAAGACCCAAGGUGAUCAGAGUCUCAGAUGUGUACCCCAGUUCCUCCUAACUGGCAUAAAUUGUUACAGAUUCCCCCAACAAGGAGACACAAGCUCAGUACGAAGUGUACAGACACAACAAGCAGAUGUCUCGCGAGACGCUGUGUCGGGUACCAAGACCCAAGGUGAUCAGAGUCUCAGAUGUGUACCCCAGUUCCUCCUAACUGGCAUAAAUUGUUACAGAUUCCCCCAACAAGGAGACACAAGCUCAGUACGAAGUGUACAGACACAACAAGCAGAUGUCUCGCGAGACGCUGUGCCGGGUACCAAGACCCAAGGUGAUCAGAGUCUCAGAUGUGUACCCCAGUACCUCCUAACUGGCAUCAAUUGUUACAGAUUCCCCCAACAAGGAGACACAAGCUCAGUACGAAGUGUACAGACACAACAAGCAGAUGUCUCGCGAGACGCUGUGCCGGGUACCAAGACCCAAGGUGAUCAGAGUCUCAGAUGUGUACCCCAGUUCCUCCUAACUGGCAUAAAUUGUUACAGAUUCCCCCAACAAGGAGACACAAGCUCAGUACGAAGUGUACAGACACAACAAGCAGAUGUCUCGCGAGACGCUGUGCCGGGUACCAAGACCCAAGGUGAUCAGAGUCUCAGAUGUGUACCCCAGCACCUCCUAACUGACAUAAAUUGUUACAGAUUCCCCCAACAAGGAGACACAAGCUCAGUACGAAGUGUACAGACACAACAAGCAGAUGUCCCGUGAGACGCUGUGCCGGGUACCAAGACCCAAGGUAAUCAGAGUCUCAGAUGUGUACCCCAGUUCCUCCUAACUGGUAUAAAUUGUUACAGAUUCCCCCAACAAGGAGACACAAGCUCAGUACGAAGUGUACAGACACAACAAGCAGAUGUCUCGCGAGACGCUGUGCCGGGUACCAAGACCCAAGGUGAUCAGAGUCUCAGAUGUGUACCCCAGUACCUCCUAACUGGCAUAAAUUGUUACAGAUUCCCCCAACAAGGAGACACAAGCUCAGUACGAAGUGUACAGACACAACAAGCAGAUGUCUCGCGAGACGCUGUGCCGGGUACCAAGACCCAAGGUAAUCAGAGUCUCAGAUGUGUACCCCAGUUCCUCCUAACUG